AUGCAGGAGGAGCUCAGCGAAACUGAGCUCAAUUUGGACGUGUUAUUUGCGAUACAGGCAGGAUCGGACACGACUUCGGGCGUCCUGACUUUAUCACUAUAUCAUAUUUUAGCGAACGCGAAGGUGUAUACGAGGCUCGCAAAUGAAGUCCGGGAUGCUUUCCCUAGCGGAUAUAUCACAGCUGAUGACCACCCGCGACUACUCCAGUUGCCGUACCUAUCAUCAGUGGUGACGGAAGCUCUCCGUCUCGGUUCUCCAUUCCCAGGUCUCCCUCGUGUCGCACCCAAGGAUGGCAUAGUUAUAGAUGGCAUGUUCAUACCCGGAGGGACGAUUGUCGGGGUACCUGCGUGGGCUCAGCAUAUGUCUCCAGAUAAUUUCUGGCCAGAUCCCGAACGCUUCGUUCCGGAAAGAUGGCUUGACGAAGGACAAGGCACAGACUCUAUAGCGAAUAAAAAUGCAAUAAUGACGUUCUCAUCAGGGCCCUUCGGCUGCUUAGGGAAGGCCCUGGCUAUAAAGGAGCUAUACGUAGUGAUCGCCCAACUCCUUGUGUCUUGCGACUUGACUCUGGGCCCCAAGUUCGACCACAAGCAGUUCUAUCAUGGGAUCAAGAAUAUGCGCACGACCAUAUUCACUUACCCAUUGACUGUAUCUGUGGCUAUUCGGGACGCGGAUGAUACUCCUCGAGGGUAG